ACGUAUCUGUUUUGAACGUCCACCACCCAACUCUCUCUUUCUCUCAUAGUUCACGGAUCUUGAGGUUUACGAUCCAUACUAGAGUAUGGAUAGAACUGUCAAGGACUUGACUGAAUCAAGUGAUCUUAUAUCAAUUCCGUCAGAGUAUGUGUUCCCUACAAAUCCUGAGGAACUCGAAGAAGCCGAGCAGCAGAUUCCCAUAAUUGAUUACUACCUCCUCACUUCCGGUUCUCCCGAACAACGGUCACUUAUCAUCGAGGACCUUCGAAGUGCAUGUCUCGAGUGGGGUUUCUUCAUGGUGAUUAAUCAUGGUGUGUCUCAGAUUCUGAUAAAUGAAAUGAUGGAUUUGUGUCUGGGUUUCUUUGAUCUAAGUCCUGAUGAAAAAUCGGAUUAUGUUGGAAAACAUGUUUUGAAUCCUAUCAGAUGUGGAACCAGUUUUAAUACUUCAGUUGAAAAAAUUAACUUUUGGAGAGAUUAUCUCAAGAUUCUUGUGCACCCAGAAUUUCACGCCCCGCUCAAACCACAUGCUUUCAGAGAUAUUUCAUAUGAAUAUUGCAAAAGAUCAAGAGAAGUAGCAAUGGAAUUGCUUAAAGCUAUAUCAGAGAGUUUAGGCCUUGAAGAAGAUUAUAUUGAGAAGGCAUUAGAAACCAAAUCUGGUUUACAAAUAUUGAUUGUAAAUCUUUAUCCUCCUUGCCCACAGCCAGAACUCGCCAUGGGUAUGCCUCCACAUUCUGACCAUGGACUUCUCACACUACUCGCUCAAAACGAAAUUGGUGGAUUGCAAAUCAAGCACAAAGGAAAAUGGAUCGCUGCAAACGCUUUACCAAAUUCUUUUAUGGUUAACAUUGGUGAUCACAUGGAGAUAUUAAGCAACGGGAAAUAUAAAAGCAUUUUACAUCGAGUUGCAGUGAACACUAAGGCUACAAGGGUAACUGUGGUUACUGCAAACGGACCAUCUUUGGACGCUGUAGUAACUGCAGCUCCAGAUUUAGUUGAUUGCGAGAACUAUCCCCCGUUAUAUCGAGGGAUGAAAUAUAGAGAAUAUGUCGAGCUUCAACAGAGCAACCAACUUGAUGGAAAAACAUGUUUGGAUCAUAUUCGUGUUUAAUAUGUACUAAUUUUUAUGCACACUACUACUAACUAGUUGUCCUUGAACGAUGCUCUAAAAUAAACUAUUCCGACCAGGAA